AUGGAACUCAACCGAGAACAUUUUCGCGCCAUAAUUUAUUACAACUUUCAGAUACAAUUAUCGCAACAAGAAUGUCUUGCUGAGUUACUGUCUGUUUUCGGAAACGAAGCGCCACAUCAGUCGACAAUUUCCCGUUGGUAUGGAGAAUUCAAACGUGGACGGGUGAUUCUUAGCGACGAUCCCAGGGUGGGUGCACCAAAAUCGGCAGUCAGCCAGGAAAACGUCGAUGCUGUGCGCAAACUCAUCAUUGAAGAUAGACAUGUGACAUAUCACGAGAUUGAGGUGUCCUUGAAGACCUCAAAGACCUCAAUUCAAAAAAUUUUGCAUGAAGAAUUAGGAGUAAGAAAAUUAGUUUCUCGUUGGACACUCCACCUGUUGACUGAAGAGCAGAAAGCAGCCAGAGUUAAUUGGUGUCAAAAAACGCUUGACCGUUUCAAUACCGGAAACUCAAAAAAUGUGUACAGCAUUGUUAGUGGUGAUCAAUCGUGGAUUUACUGUUAUGAAUCAGAAAAUAAACGAAAGUCGGCUAUGGUCGCGACAAUUGUGACAAAAGCGGGUCAUAUUGCAACAAUUCCUCAUAAUGAGCAAAGAACUGUUACUGCGGAUUGGUAUACCACCAUUUGUUUGCCAAAAGUCAUCACCGAGCUUCGAAAAAUCAACCCCGAAAGAAGAAUCAUCCUCCACCAAGAUAAUGCAAGCUCGCACACAGCCCAAAAAACAAGGCAGUAUUUAACGGAAGAAAACGUGGAAUUAUUGGACCAUCCUCCAUAUAGUCCCGAUCGAAGUCCUAACAAUUUCUUUACUUUCCCGAAUAUUAAAAACAGACUGCGUGGUCAAAGGUUCCAGUCACCAGAAGAAGCAGUUGACGCAUUCAAAAAGGCCGUUUUGGAUCUUCCAGCAGACGAGUGGAAUAAGUGCUUCGAAAAUUGGUUCGAACGCAUGCAGAUGUGUAUUAAUCUUCGUGGAGAAUACUUCUAA